AUGGCUGAUAUGAAAUUUAUAACAAAUUUAAAAACUCGUGAUCCUGAUUUAUUCACAUCAAAACAAGCUGUACAAUUAAAAAUUUAUUUAAAAAAAUUAGAAGAAAAACUUGAUCCAAAUCAUAUAUAUUCAUUAUUAGAAAAAUCUGAACGUAAUAUAAAACUUGUUGUAUUAAUGACAAAUGUUAGUCGUGUUGGUGGAAGUUUAUUAAAAUUUAUUCAUGCUAUUGAUAAUUAUAUGGAUAUAUAUCGUGAAACAAAACCUAAAAAAGAUCGUUUAUUAUCUAUUGAAAAUGAUUAUAAAAAUAAUCUUU